AUGUCGAAAUGCGCCCAUCUGGACCAGAUGCGUCAGGGGUCCAACCUUGCCGUAGACCUGAUCCAGUGCAAGAGCUGCGGGGAGAUCCUGUUCAAGCACCACUUCGCGAAGACGAGCGACCAGAUGCUAUUCCAGUGUGUUCGCUCCCAGCAGUAUAUCCACCGCCUGGAGACCACGGGUACGGCCCAGCCCGUGGCGCCCAGGAUGAACCAGUCGAGCUCCUCGGACAGCGAGGCCACGGCGACGACAACGGCGCCAACGUCAAUGCCUCCACCGAGCCCUCCAGGGGCCACCAAGAAGUUGCCCGAGCGCCUGUCGGCCGAGGUCAUUCGGAAGCUCACGGACACGGAGGUGCAGCAGAUCAUCGAGAGCGAGAGGAUCAAGAUCCGCCAGGAGGAGCAGCAGCGCCUCGCGAUGGAGAUCCUCCAGAAGGGCCUCAUCGACACGCCGACGGACCCGACGGAGGUGGACGACAGGGCCAGGCCGAGCAAGAGGCUGGGCGUCAGCCAGAUGCCCAAGGCCGAGUCGAUUCCCGUGCCAGAGGCAGCCGAGACCUAUGGCAGGCUGGACCUCGCAGAAGUGGCCUGUGUGUCCGACUCCAGGCUCACGCACGCGAUGAUCGGGCAAGGAGGCAAGGCCGAGAGAUUCAGCGACUGGAACGGGUAUGACUUCUCCACCAGGUCGGGUGCAGAGAAGCUCGUGAAGGCUUUGCGGGUCAAGAGGCCUCGAAGAGUUUGGUUUUCCCCACCGUGCGGAGCAGAGUGCCCAUGGCAGAAUCUGAACCCCGUAACGGCGGAGUCGGAGAAGAAGCUGAUCAAGACCAGACGUAUCCAGCGGAACGUCAAAUGGGCUAUCGGUCAGCUGCUGAACGAGGGUUUCUGCGACAUAUACCUCGAGCAGUCGGGACGCUGCAGGUCGUGGACAGGCAACUUCAAGGAGCUCAAGGAGUCCAUGCAUGGCUGCAGGAUUCACGGGUGCAUGUAUGAUAUGAGAGACGAGCAGAGCGGUCUCCUCAUACGCAAGGACUGGCACAUCGCGACCACUGACCCGCAGUUUGAGAAGAAGGUUGGGAGGACCUGCCCUGACUUGCAUCUGCAGAUGCCGCUGGAAGGCGGCACGAGGGUGGCACUGUCAGCGAAUUAUCCCGUGAACCUGUGCCGGAGGAUCGCCCAGCACUUCAUGACCAGGGCCACCUCGGACGAGGCCCUCGCCUAUCUGGUGCAGGCCCACAACGAGUUGGACGACGAGCUGUGUGCAGCGGGCUACAGGCGCUUGCGGGAGAAGCGGCCCGCCUCUGAAGGACCACCACCGCCGCCGCCGAAGCGCCCAACGCUGGAGCCCACAGCUCCCGAGAGUCAAGGAGAAAGCGCAGGCGGUCAAGUACCAGCUCCUGAUCCGGACGAAGCUGGAGAUGCUCAAGUCCCUCCAGAAGGCGAGGCGCCCCCGCCGACGCCCGAGUCGAGAGGUCAAGAGCAGUCGAUGGGCAAUCUCAGACUGCCACUGCCAAGGAGUGUCCAGACCUGUACCAAGGCAGAGUUGCGCGAGCUGGAGGCCAUCAUCGCACACAUCCAUCGGAAUUUCGGACACUGCAGUAUGAGCACGGUCAGCGCCGCCCUCAAGUCUCGCAAGGCGGACCAGAAGAUCAUCGACCUUUGCAGACACUACGAGUGUCCGUCCUGUAAGGCAGCUCAAAGGUUUCAGAUGCGACCUAUUGCCAGCUCAGAACCAACGUUACCCGCUCCUGGUACCGAGAUGGGUUGCGACAAUUUCUAUUGGACACAUCCUCGACGAGCCUACCAAAUUCGUGGGACCCUCUGUGCAGACUAUGACAGCCGCUUUACCCAGACGCCGAUUCCCUGUCAGAAGGGGGUCGAGGAGCAUUGCGGCAACACCACCGCGAAGGAGAUGAAGGAGGUAGUGCUGAAGGACUGGAUCCACCACUACGGCAAGCCGGAGGUUUUCAGGACAGAUCCCGAGGGUUGCUUCAAGCAGGUCGAGCAGCGCGCCUGGGUCUCGGGUAACGGCAUGGAGUGGAGACCGGAACCCGGAGAAGCUCACUGGCGAAUGGGAGUGAUCGAAAGGUGCAUCGAGACUGUCAAGGAAAUCGCCACUCGCCUCGCCUGGGAGCUACCAGACGACACAGAUCCCGCGGACAUCUUUCGCUGGGCUUGCGUGGCCAACAACGACCUGAUGCGACACCAAGGCUACAGCCCGAUGAUGCUCAUGAUGGGUCGCACCCCGUCGGGGCAAGGCCUGGAGCAAGUGGAGAAUCCUUCGGUCCUGAGCGCAAAUGUGGUGGACAAACACUUCCAGGAGGUCACGCGCAUCAAGGCGGCUGCCUACAAGGCGUGCGUGGACGUCUACCUGUCGGAGAAGACGAAGCGUGCCCUGCUGGCCAAGACGAGGCCGUUCAAGACAUGGGAGCCUGGUGAGAAGGCACACUACUGGCGAGGUGCGAAGAUUAACAGUCACAAGACUCGACCAGGUAUCGCUGGUCGAUUUCACGGUCCCGCCACUGUCUUGAUGCAGGAGCGCGAGAUGAAGAACGGAGUUGCGGUGCGUCGAGGAGUUGUCUGGCUUGUUGACGGUGACCGUCUCGUACGAGCAGCGGCCGCUCACCUCCGCACGACUACGAAAGCGGAGCGGACCCUGGAGAGCAUCUCCGCAGGGAGCUCCGACCACUUCAAGAAGAUUCUGCAGGUCUCACCGCCUCCUAUGCCCGCGCAGAAUCCAGCUGAACCGGUACCGACGCCGACCAGAGACCAGUUCGACGAGAGCGAGCCACCACCAGAAGGUUACAACAAGCGGGAAGCCAGUAAGGAACCUUCUGAAGAUCCAGAUCCCAAGAGACAUCGCGCCGACUUUGCUGGGUACGUGGGCCAUCUGUGCCAGAAGGCGUCGACGCUUGUCAUGCCCGAGCUCGGUCGUGCCGAGCCCGAAUCUGAGGGCAGUGCGAAUUGGGUCUCACCCUGGGAGUAUGAUCAGAAGACGAAGGCUUCCGACCUGGUGGGCUUCGUGGGCGAGGACGAGCCGAACCUCGCGAUCAUGAUCGGCUUCGCGCUGGAGGAGUCGGAUAUGGAUCAACUCAGCCGGAGGCCUGACAAGGCCCUCGCCGCGAUGGUCAAGCAGAACAAGGUCGAGGUGAAGCUCAAGAACCUUACGGCAGAGGACCGUGAGAAGCUCCCGAUCGCGAAGGGUAACGAGAUCAAAUCUUUCCUCAAGUAUCGAGUCUGCGAGGCAGCCAGUCGUGCAGGAGUACACCCUGGAGCCCUGAUGAAGAUGAGAUGGGUCAUGACAAGGAAAGAGACGGGCGACCUUAAGGCUUUCCUGGGCGUCUCCGCCUCGAUGGGCUUUCAGGUCUUCAAGGGUGACGUCAAGGCAGCUUUCCUACAAGGACAGCUCAUAGGUCUGGCCGUAGCCCACGUGGACGACCUCAUGAUUGCGAUUGACCAGCACUCGGACCUUGCAGUGGACGUCCUCCAGCAGCUCCAUCGAGCCUAUGAGUGGGGAAGCUGGGAGACUCAAGAUUUUGUUCAGUGCGGGACGCGGAUUCGACAAGAAUAUGAUGGACGCACGAAGUCAUGGGGCCGUAUCCAUCUUAACAUGAAUGAAUACGCCCAGGAGCUCGUGGAGAUAGAUAUUCCCGCACAUCGACAUCGUGAUCCCGAGCAGCCGGUGACAUCGUCAGAAGCUACCCGUCUACGAGCCGCCUUCGGUCAGCUCAUGUGGUUAGCUACGCAGGGCGUGCCCCUCAUCGGGGCAGAGCUGUCACGGCUGCUGGCUUACAGUGAUUUCGCCACGGUGAAUACUCUCCUGCAGGCCAACAAGCUCAUCAGGCGCACCAAAUUCGAGGCGACCGAAGAGCUCAUCAUGGAGAAGCACGCGAAUCCGUGUGCGGUCGGCUAUUCGGACGCAGCCUGGAAUGUUCGACGUGAUGGUUCUUCACAGGGUGGUUUCUUGAUCUUUCUGACUGACUAUACCUUGAUGCAGAACCGAGAGGCGCCGAUCUCUCUGCUGGCUUGGGCAUCGGCGAAGUUGCCGAGAGUGUGUCGGAGCUCGAGCGCGGCCGAGGUACAAGCCGCCAGUGAGUUUUGUAGGCUGCUGCUGAGCGAGAUCCUGCUGGGACCCGCGCCUCUCAAGCAGUGGACUUCAAGCUGUGCGAAGAUUUCUGGCGCUUUGGUCCCGGACUGCCGCGGCGUGUUCGAUGCUCUGGAUCGGUCCGAGAGCAGCGCCCUCGGCAUGAAAGACAAGAGGAGCGCGCUGGAGGCCCAGGCCCUCAAGCGCGGCAUGGCCGUCACAUCCACAUCCCUGAGGUGGUGUCACAGUGGGGCGCAGCUGAGCGAUUGUAUGACCAAGAACUCGGAGAAGGCUCGCGCCAGCUACAACCUUUGGCAGCAGCGAGGCACCUGGAAGUUGAUAUACGACGCUAAUUUUAUUUCCGAGAAGCAGAGAAGACAGCGAGGACUGCAGACACUAGACCAGGCCACAUAUUUCGCAGUUGAUGACGACGAUGCCUGGCAGUUGUACACGGAGGAUUUGGAGAUCAAGGAGGAGGCAGAUAUUCCCCAAGACUUUCGUCUUUCGGAAGCGGUGAGCGUGAUGAGACAUGAUGCUACCUCCGUGCAGUAG